AUGCUGUGUGCUCUGAUUCUCUUGUCUGGUCUCCUGGGGGCCAUCAAGGCCAGCCCCAUCUCGGGCCCCCAGGAGUGUGCCAAGGGCUCCGAGGUAUGGUGUCAGGAUCUGCAGGCAGCUGUGAAGUGCCAGGCUGUGAGGUUCUGCCAGAGCGCUGUCUGGAGCAAGCCCACAGUCAGGACCCUGCCCUGCAGUAUAUGCCAGGAUGUGGCAGCCGCUGCUGGUAACGGGAUGAACCCAGAUGCUACAGAGUCUGACAUUUUGGCAUCGCUAAUGAAGACCUGUGAGUGGCUUCCGAGCCCGGAAUCUUCAGCAAAGUGCAAGACGAUAGUGGGCAACCAUAGCACAGCUGUUCUGGGCAUGCUCAGUGGAACCGCAGGGAGUGCCCUGGCUCCGGUAUGUACUGCGCUUACCCUCUGUGAGCCGCUACAGAGGUACCUAGCCACUGCCACCUCAGAGAGCCCGCCAACCCAAGAGGAUGCAACUGAGGUGAUGGCUCCAUUCUUGUCCAAUGGGGCCCUCAGCUUCCACCCGUCACAGGUGCUUGGGGGUGCUGUAUGCCAAGAUUGUAUCCAGCUGAUCUCCCGACUCCAGGGUUCUCUGGAGUCUAACUUGACCUCGGCAGAGGUAGCUGUCCAGGAUCAGUGUGAAUCCCUGGGGUCUGGCCUCGUUGCGCUCUGCAAGAACUACAUCCGCCAGCAGUUUGUCCCCGCCAAGCAAAUGCUGCAGAUUCUCCACCCACAGGAGGUCUGCAGGAAGGGGGGCUUCUGUGAGGAGCAGAGAGAGCCUGCCCACCGGCUGGCUCAAAUGGCCGCUGUGAAUGGAGUCCCCUCUCUGGAGAUGGAACUGCCAAGGAAGAAUGAGAUGCAGAUGCAGUUGGGCCUGACCUGUGAUGUGUGCUUGAACGUGAUCCAGGAGAUGGACAAAUGGCUCAUGACCAACAGCACAGAAGCCCUCGUCACCCACGCUCUGGAACGAGUAUGUUCCAUAAUGCCCGAAUCUCUGGUCCAGCAGUGCAUCACCCUGGUGGAGACCUACAGCCCCAGCUUGGUACAGCUUGUGACCAGGGUCACGCCAGAGAAAGUGUGUGAGACCAUCCGGCUGUGUAACAACAGAAGGCAGGCCAGGUCCGUUUCCAGGGCUGAGGCAACCACACCAGCCCUGCUGGUGGAUGAAGAAAACCAGGGCAGCUUCUGCCAAGGAUGCAAAAGGAUACUGGGCGUAUCUUCCCAGAAUCUGGAUCGCAAGAGCACCAAGCGGGACAUCCUGAAUGCCUUCAAAGGUGGUUGCCGCAUCCUGCCGCUGCCCUACGUGCUGCAGUGCAACCGCUUCGUAGCGGAAUAUGAACCUGUGCUCAUAGAGAGCCUCAGGUUUAUGAUGGACCCCACGGACCUCUGCAAGAAGAUGGGGGCCUGCCACAGCCCCAAGGUCCCACUUCUAGGCACGGAUCAGUGUGUCAUGGGCCCCAGCUUUUGGUGCAAGAGUCCAGAGGCUGCUGAGAUGUGCAACGCCGUGGAACACUGCCAGCGUCUUGUGUGGAAAAAGCCAGAUUCCGAAGUCAAAGAGCAGCCAUGACUGCGGCCACCAGAACCCAAAGCCUGCCAGGGCUGAUUCCUCCUGCAGGCUUCUACCUCCCAAGGGGACUCUAUGAGGUGGGUGCUACCCCACCCCCAUGUCAUAGAUGAAAAACUGAAGUUCUCGGGAGGGAGUCAGGGGUGAGUGGAGCUGACAUUCAAAGCCGUGCUCUCCUGACGCUGGACAGCUUCACCUUUCUGUCUCUGGCCUCAUCACUGUCACCCCCGCCAUAAAAAGGAAGUCCUUACCCCUGCCCCUGUAAGCCACCCUCUCCUGCCCUGCUGUGGUGCUGAUGGCCUGGGGAAACCUGUCAGAGGCUUCCCGUGUGGGUGAACACCCAGCUAUAAGCCAAAGCAGUUGUAGAGGGAAGGGUAGAGGGGACUGCCACUAGUCAGGCAAAUGGCUUAGCAAUAGGUCGGGGUGGGCAUUGGGUAUUCUCAGGUUGGGAUCUCUGCGGCUGGUUCCCAGUGGGGUAGCUGGAACAUGAGUGGCAUUUUCUAGGGGAGGGGCCUGGCUUAUUGGCUACCACCAAUGAGAGGUAUUUGGACUUCAGAGCACUCCUGUCCGUGUCUUGUCCCACCAACGGGCAUCUGUCCUCUCACUUAGA